AUGGUUGGGAAACCGCCAAAAGGCAUACCCCAAGAGCAAUACUAUGGGAAUGUCCAGGAAGAAGUAAGAGAAUUGGUGAUGAAUUAUAUACCCUUAGAGAGAAGGCCUGUGACGCCUAGACAAGAGCCUCCAGAAGGAGAAGAACCCACGGAAGAGAAAGAGCAGGAAAAGGAGGAGGAAGAGCCUCAAGAUAUGAAGGAAGAAGAAUUGGAGCCUAUCGACAUAGAGGUCGAGGAAGAAGAGGAACCAUUUGAGAUGUUUCCCGAGUUUGAAGAAGAAGAGAAUGAUGUGAAUGAUGAAUCUGACUAUUAUGCCCCAAUCAAUGAGGGAUCUGAAUUCUAUGCACCCUCACCCGUGUUAGUGCCUGCUGCCUCUUCCAUGGUGUCAGAGAAUUUUGGGAGUGGCCCCACGACCCAUCACUUGUAA